GGCUGGAGCGCGGACCGACGGGACGGACGAGGCGCUUGAAUCAACCUCUGCCCGGCCAGGCGCGCUGGGUCCUUCUCCCCCAGCACCCACCCAGGACUUUCUCCUGGCCUCCCCUCGGGAUGUCCGGGACCAGCUAACUGCAAGCGGGAAGGAGGCGAGCGUGUCCCCUUUUCCCCGACGGAAGCGCGAGCGAGAGGGCGCUAAGCCUGUCCGGUCAGCCAGCCUUGCCUCGACCGGGAGCGGGUCGCCUUGGAGUUCGCCCCGCGGGCUGCUCCGGCAGCAUCUGCAGCUAGAGGCGGAGCAGGCGGGCGGCGAGCAGGGACUGCCUUCCUUUCGCUCACUCCUUCUCCAGAAGCGCAGCCGCUGCCGCAAGGACCGAGCCACCCGCCAGCCCGCCCCCUCCAGGGAGCGCUUCUCGCGCCAAGCUCCUCGGAGUCUUUUCCAAAAUGCCAUCUGGGGGACUUUGAUGUGCAUCGCCUGAGCUUCCGUGAAUGAGAAGAACAUCGCGAUGCAAUAGAAGAAGCAGAAGGUGCUUUGAAAUAUCUAUAUAAAACGCACCAGUCAAGGCAAGAACAAGACCCACACCCCACCCCCAAACCCCGGAAAAGAAGCGUCAGCCUUCCUUUCUGGGGCGAGGGGAGAUGAUCAUGCUGAGCUGGAAUCAGUUCUCCACGUCGCGCCCUCUACUCUUCCUAGCCGCGCUCCUGGUGGUGGAGAGCUCCCAGCUAGACGGCACCAAGGUGAACUCUAUCAAGUCCACGCUAAUGGGCGAGACGCCGACGCAGGCGACCACCAACAGGUCGACCACCUUCCACCAAGGAUUGGCUCUCGGGAGCAGCAAGAAGGGCAAAAUCUUGGGCCAGGGGGGCAAGGGGCUGAAGCAUUAUCACCGGCAAGGCGAGGCUUACCCUUGCACCAAUGACAAGGAGUGUGAAGUUGGGAAAUACUGCCACAGUCCCCAUCAAGCGACGUCUGCCUGCAUGAUUUGUAGGAGGAAAAAGAAGCGUUGUCACAGAGACGGCAUGUGCUGCCCUGGGAACCGCUGCAACAAUGGUAUUUGUAUACCAGUAACUGAGAGCAUUCUUACUCCCCACAUCCCAGCCUUGGAAGUACCUCGCAACAAGAAAAAUAAUCAUUAUCCCACUAAGGAUUUGGGAUGGCAGAAUCUUGGGAAAGGGCAGACCAAGCUGACACACACAAAAGGCCACGAAGGAGACUCCUGCUUAAGGUCUUCCGACUGCACUGAGGGCUUUUGUUGUGCUCGCCAUUUCUGGACCAAAAUUUGCAAGCCCGUCUUGCACCAGGGGGAGGUGUGCACCAAGCAACGCAAGAAGGGGUCCCACGGCUUGGAGAUUUUCCAGCGAUGUGACUGUGCCAAAGGGCUGUCGUGCAAAAUCUGGAAAGACGCCACUUACUCUUCAAAAGCGAGGCUUCACGUGUGCCAGAAGAUCUGAAGGUGGACUGGGAGACUGUCAUUCAGAGGCCGUGAAGAACUGGCAAAAUGUACGCAUCGCAGCAUCGUCGAAUGCAAGGAUUGUAAAUAAGAACCAAAUGGCCGAAGUAUGCAUUGUUGUGGGAAGAAACAACAUCCCAAACUGAAUUAUAUUUCUGCCCUGGAGGUGAAUACGGUGGCAGCUGGCCUUUCAUUUGUGACGUGGUGCCUCUCUGCCAGACAUUUGUGGAAAAGCGCUGUGCCAAUGACAUUUGACAUUUAACUCAUGUUUUUGACGUAUGGCUUUGUGAAUUCUCCACAUUGGUUGUGGUUAGGUUCCCCCCCCAUUAUGAUUGUAAAAUAUUGCUAUAUGACAUAUUUACAACACAAAGCAGUGCUUUGCCAAAUGACUUUUCUAUCGGCACCUUCUUGGGUACCGAACAAAAAACCAUCUUAGUAAAGUGAAGCUAUCAGAGGCCAAAGGGGGGAAUUACCAUACAUGUCUUUAUCUGUUAACAUUACCCAUGAACAACCCAAGGCUGUCACUUGAAUGAGAAAGCUUCUCCUGCCAAACAAGGGAUACGUCUGGAAGAUGCAAUGCAAAUGGAAAAAUUUCACUCAUUACACACACACACACACACACACGCCUGGCAAAAUCUGCCUUGAACAGAGGUAAUAAAGCAGAGAUGAUGUUUUCGAUUUUCAUGCUGUUAAGCAUUUGGACCACAACACCCAAAUAAUUUCAUCUUCAUAGCCAAUGGCUUCUGUUGGUCUCAGUUUACUGCUAGCACACAGGGGGCUAACAGAGAAAAAAAGCAAAGUGCCCAUGAAUGCAUUCUGAGCAGAAUUGUAUACUGAGCUGCUAGCUGUAAAUAGUGGGGAAUUGUGGGUUGUAUUGUGAACUAUUUUUUCAGCUUUGCCUCCGGCUGGGGCAUCCAGUGUCCAUUGACUGUGCAUACUACUAAAUAACAGCAUCAAGAGGGCUUUCAGUACAGAUCUUCUGUGGUUUGGAGACAUUAAAAUGAAAGCAUCCUAUGCCGGCAGCAACAGGGGGGAAAUGGAAAAGAAAACGAGAUGGACAUGGAGGCACAAAGUGUGAUCAGCAAAUGGCAUCACAUGUUAAAAUAUAACAACUCAGACUUGCAAAGAUUUGGAAUGUGGAUAGUAUCACUUGCUGCUGGAUUCCCAUUGACUGUAGUGGAUAACAGUGUUCACUAUCACCGCCACAGUAUUAAUGGACUGACAAAGAUGAAUGGUGACCUGUUCAAUCAUUCCACCACCACCCUCCUAACACUCUUGCAUUUUCUUUUACUAUACUAUACUUGUUUUUCAAAUGUGUUAUUUGUGUAAGCGCUGGAGCCUUGAAAAGGGGUAGGAUCACUCUCCAGGAAAUAUUGUUGAUUAUUGGCAUUCCCUUUUUAAAUGCUACUCAGAGGCGGGGUGUGUGUGUCUGUGUGUGUUAGACUGAGUUUUUCCUGCUACCAUGUGCCAUUUGCAACAGCAGUGUGAUCGUAUCUAUGUGAAAAUGAAGCAUCUGAAGCAGUCUAACGGAAAAGGGGUUCCCUGGCUAUCUCACUUUCCAUAAGCCAUAUUUUCCUGGCUUCCCGUAGCCACCUUAUGACAACGUGCCAUGAAAAUUAUGGUCUAUUUGUAACCAGUAUCGAAAUUUCUCAGUAAACGCAAGCCUUAUGCUACAUUUUCUUUAUCUCUAUUUUUUUUUAAAAAAGGUAACUCUCAUAUAUUUGUGAAUAAGGAGAAUGAUUUAUCAUGUCAUUAUCGAACCAAAGGGUUGGAAGGUACCUAAAAUUAUCUAGGAGCAUGUGUCUACACUACAAAUAGAAACUGGAUUUGAACCAGUCCAUCUGCCAUGGCUUCUUCACUAACUGUCCUUUAGGGAGAGUGCUGAGAAUUAUUUUAAGAUUCCACUUUGAUGGACUUCAAAGAAAGCCAUGACAAUGAAAUGGUUUUAAGAGCAUAGUGCCUAUAUAUCCUGGGUUCAGCCCUUUGACCUCAGGCCUUAGUAUCAACACCUAUGCACAAUAUUCGGGAUAAUGUACACCCUCUCAGGCAUGGGCAAGGAACCUGUGGCCUGCCUAGUGCUACUGGACUACCAAUGGCCAUCCUCCUUGACCCUUGGCCAUGCUGUCUGGGGCUGAUGGGUGUUGAAGUCCACCAUCAUUUGGAGGACCAGCAGCUUGGGGAGCAUAUUGAGUGAGAAAACAGUGGUGGGAAAAUGGCAGACUGACCUCUCUCUUUCCAUGCACAACUUCAUUCAAAAAUUCAGCCUUCUCAUUGAAAAACAGCUAGGUCUUCAUUUCUAGCAUUUGUGUGCAACAUGUAGUUUGCAUGUAGAUGGCAACAUAUCAGUAGCUAAGAACAGAAGCAAACUAACUAAGAUUAGGUCAGAGGGAUUUUGCCCAUGGUUGUAUUUUUCUAAAUAAUAAUAUUAUUUACAAAGGACUAUGUAAACUCCAAAAAGGAAAGGCUUAAUUCUGUAUCUCACUGGGACUUAUUUUAAGGACUGAAUACAGGAAACUGUAAUUGGCUUACUUUAGUGGAGAGGUGGGAAACCUCUUCCACCUCUCUUACCAUUGUCUCUGUGCUGCCUAGGGGUAGAGAGCCCCAGUUUCCUCUCCACUGCAUCACAUGGAGUACUACAGGUUUCCGCCAAGGCUCUACUGCAAUGAAAACAAGACUAAGGCUGGAAAAAUGUACAGUUUCAAGAAGACAUUUUCAUUUCUGAACGCCCUUAAGGGAUGGAAGUGCGUAUCUGAAAUCCUUUUGCCUCUGUGAGACUACAGGAAGGAGUCGGUGUCCCUCAGCACAGCCAGAGUAAAGCUCCCACUCAUUUAAGCGUUAUCUGAUGGCUUCUGCAUGCCCUUCCCAUAAUUCUCCUGCAAGAACUAGCAUUUGAAGUAAUUUAUUUACAGGAAAUGUUUAAUGAGAUGUAUUUUCUUAUAGAAGAUAUUUCGUACAGAAAGCUUUUUGCAGCAAACUAUACUUGCAACUUGUCGACUUUGUAAUUUAGAAAGAAAUGUAUAAAAAGAUUAAAUAUAUUAAAAUGUCCCUUUGCCCACAUUUGUCUUUGUAUUCUUUGCUCAUUUGCUCACAUUCGGGGUGUUGCCAAUGCAGACUCUGUACCCACAGAGUCCUCUUCCACUGCUGAAAUAAUUAAAAAAAAACAAAGAUCACUUAAGCCAGGCAUCCCCAAACUGAGGCCCUCCAGAUGUUUUGGCCUACAACUCCCAUGAUCCCUAGCUAACAGGACCAGUGGCCAGGGAUGAUGGGAAUUGUAGUCCAUAACAUCUGGAGGGCCGAAGUUUGGGGAUGCCUGACUUAAGCUGUCAUCCUAAAAUGGGGUUGACGGUUGGGGAGGAAGAACCGAAAGUGGACAAAUCCAUUGACUUACUGAGCUGCUUUUGGCAGGGUGGAAGUGAAACGAAAGGUACAACCUUCCUCUCCUCUGUGCUUUUCUGGUUUUCUUUUGUUUUAAUCCAAUUUCUUUCCCACUGAGGAGCAAAUUAUGCCAGUCGUCAGCAGACUUUUAACAUACUCUCUGCAUGGAGGAGGAGUGAGGGCCUUUUCCUUUUCCUGAUCUGGCUCUCACAUCCUUUCCACCUCCUUCCCUCAAAUGCCCCACCUAGAAAUGUGGCCACCCCAUUUAAAUAGGAAGGCUGAAGCUUUCGUUGCUUGUGAAAUUACUCUUGCCAGUAGAGUAGAGUGGACAGGAGUAAUACUCUUCCUGCUGCUGUUGUUAAUUCUCAAACAAACAUGGACUUCCUUCAGAUAACCCCAGUAAGCAAACAUCAUAUAUUGUUUACCAUCUUUUAAAGUGUACCCCUGGGCUCAGAUUUUAAGCAUGUUUUAACAUCAAGGCCAGGGAAAUAUUUGUGCAAAAUAUUUGUACAAACAACCGCCCUUAUCUUUGCACCUCCCAGUAUUGCCAUAUGGAAUGCAUCUGAUUCUGAAGCAAAGAGGCCUUGUUUCUUUCUGACUUGAACCCACAAGAGCAAGACCCAUCAGGAUAUAGCCCACAGGCUGCACACUUCAAACAACUCACAAUCAGAUCAUUGAGACUUAUCUUCUCUCUAUGUCAGGCGUCAUCCUCCCUCCCUCAAACUGAACCCCCCAAGUUUCAUAAAAGCUGUAAUUACCUUAAAAAAAUAAUCCAAAAUCCAAAACAUAUACUAUUUGGUUUGGGAAGAUCAUCCCCAACAAGGACUGAUUUCUACAGUAACUAAGUUGAUGGAGAUGAGACAAAAGGAAAUGUUACAAGACAUCUGUAUGGUGAGCAAUAAACUGUGCAAACAAUAUACUUUAAAUUUAUAAUACUAAAGCAGAUAUGUUUUGUCUGUGAACUGUUUUUCAGAGGGUGUAACUCCGACAUCGUUCAAACUGCACUGGCAUUUCCAGUCACAAUUCAGUGAAUUGAGUCCUUAGCUAUAUAAAGUCAUAAACUCUGGGAGUAGGCAACUUGGAAGAAUUGCCUUCCCCCACGUAAGUUUGGUCAAAAAGUACAAUCAUUAUCACAGGCAGUGCUCUUUGUCCUAUUGCCAUUUCUCAGAGGCUGAAAAUGGGACAGGACCUUUUCAGUUUUGGCACCCAGAUUGUGGAAUUACCAGUAUGUUCCGCAAGAAGCCCAACUGACUCAUUAUUUACUGGCAUUUUCCUGUGUUGACUCAUUCAUUGUUCUUAGAUUCUUUCUCCCCUUCUGCAAUCUUAACAUCUGGUUAUUGGUUUUCAUCUGGGUUCUUUGUUUUAAUCGCUUUACCAAUUGUAUGUUGUUUUAAAAGGCUUU